AUAGUUAUACACACCCAAAUCUUGAAAAGAAAACAACCCUCCAAAAUCCGAAAACCACCAUGGCUCGAUUUCUGUCACAAACCCUGAUCAGAUCCUCAUCAUUAUCAUCCUCAAUAACAAACCCAUUAAAAUUUGGAAGUUUACAGCCAAACAGAUUCUCAAGCCGAUCAGGAACCCAUCAGUUACACGAAACCGAUGUCGAAUCAUCAUCAUCGUCGUCUGAUUCCGAGGUAAUAUCCAAAAAAAUCGAUGAUAUAAUUCGUACCAUAAUUGUUAAAGAAUCAGCACCCGAUUGGAUUCCUUUUGUUCCUGGGUCUUCUUAUUGGGUCCCACCUUUUCGUAAAAACGUAACUGAAGCUAUAAACAACGUCACGACGGAUUUUGAUCAACUUUUGGCCGUUUCUUCGCCCUCCCGUGGCUAUCCUUCUUCUGCUUAUUUCCUUCACGGUACUCUCCCGGUACAUCCUGUUGAUGUGAAUGCUGAUAAGAAUCGAGAGAAUGUUUUACAGUCUGAGGACGAGGAAGGAUGAACUCAUAGCUACUGCCUACCACAAGUUCUGAGACACUUCCUACUGUACAUAUUUUCUGAAGUUAGGAGCCAUGGGUUGAAGAACGUGAAAUGAACUUGUUUGUACAAUUGGAACUUGUUUGAAAUGAACUUGUUUUGACCCUUAGCAUUAGUAAAGAACACAAUGUAGUUUUUAUGUAGUAUAAGUUUAAUGUUGUAACUUUUCAAUGACUUGAAUCAGUGGAUAUAUUGUAUGUACUCAAUUAUUUAGUUAGCUGCAAUGUUUGUUUAA